GGUCCGCCUCGUCAAGUUUCGAGUUUCUAGUUUCUACGUCACUAAUUUGACAUUUCUGAUUCUGGAUUUUGAUUUGUGAAAUCUGAACAAAUUCCCUGUAAAAUAAUAAAAUACAUGUAACAAGUUUCUAAAGCAUUAUAAAAUGUCCAGUGUAUCGAAGAGAAGAAAAGAAGGCACAAGAGCCAAGAUCAAGAGUAUGGGUGAUCACAGGGAAUUCUUAAAGAGAAUAUCGAAAACUUUAUAUUAUGGACAAUUGCCGACUCUGCCCUGCUUGAGCCUGCCAGUUACUGAGAUAUCAUGUGAGGUGUGGUCGAUGGCGCAGCGCGGGCGUUCGGUGCGGCGUCUUCACGCGGACCGCGCGGCCGCCAUCGCGCGUUCGGCCUGCGUGUCGCCGUGCGCGCUCGUGCUCGCCAUCCUCUAUCUCGAGCGGCUGAAACGCUGCAACCCCAACUACCUCGCCGCUACACCCCCUGCUGAUCUCUUCCUUGUCUCAUUGAUGGUAAGCAAUAAGUUUCUCCAAGACGAUGGUGAGGAAGAUGAAGUUAUAUGUUCGGAGUGGGCGGCUUCGGGCGGCCUGGACCUGCAGCAGCUGAAGAAACUUGAAGCAGAAUUCCUGAACGCUAUUGAUUGGAAUGUGUAUAUCAGUGAAAAGUCAUUCGAAUCGGGCCUCUCGUGGCUGGAGCGGCAGGUGGCUAUGAAGCAGGGGCACCUGCGCGGCUACUUCACGUACUCGGACCUGGUGGCCAGCUACGACCCCGCGCUGCUCCGCGAGCUGCUCCGCUCGGUGUCGGCGGCGUGCUUCGCGCUCACGCUGAGCUACGUCACCAGCUUCAUGACGCUCGUCACGUCCACGCUGGUGGUGUCGCACGCCUGGCUGCCCGCGCUGCAGUACAUCGCCGCCCGCGCUGCGCUCUCCACCGCCCUCGACACCAGCAUACGCACUCAGCCGCAACUCCUCACCAACACGACCAUCGAUCUCAACGCAGACUUCAUCCCCGAAGACUCCAUCAAUAUAGACGCCUUGAAGUGCUGCGAGAAAUGGCAGAAAUAUCAAGACAACUUGCAAGAUAAGAAAACUUGGUACAACGGCGCCCGAGCGGAUGAUUUGAAACUGUUCGAGUCCUGGUGGUCGAAGACAUCCGUUCUGAAUUGGUUGUAUCAGAGUUCACUAAUCAAUCCGAUGCAGAGAUGGUUGGAAAAGAUCAAUGAAUAUACAGACUUUAUAAAGAAUAGACUUGAAAGCGAUAAAACGAAUGACCGUUGCAAUGGUUUUAUGCGGAUGACGGACAGACAGCAUUGCAUUCAACAGAGGCUCAAUUUUAGUAAAUUAAGUAUAUUCGCCGCUUCCGUGUCGGAUCGGUAAAUAUUGUGUCGUAGUUGAUGCUCAAAGUAUCUUCUCUAUUUUAUCUUGCAGUGAAAAAUUAAAAAAAAAUCGGAUAAAUGUUUCUACUAAAGUUUUAUAAAUAACGACGUGUAACAAAAUUCUUAUUAAAAAUAUUUUGUCAUAACCUUGAAAAGAAGUUGUAUACCAGAACAAUUAAAUAGAACACUGUCCUAAUUUUAUUAGUGACUUCGAUCUUUGUAAUGGAAUGAAUAAUAGCGCUAACUUUUCUAUGUAUUAUAUUUUUACAUCAUCAUAAUAUUAUGUUUUCAUAUAAUAAAUUUUAAAACCCUA